UGGGUAAUGACGUGAUGACGUGAUCGGGCUGCAGCAUCACGGCUCGUUGUGCUGAAGGCUGAAGGAGGCUCCAUGAUGCUCUCCGUCUCUGCUGCUCUCUUCUUCACGCUAGCCUGGAUUUAUCCGGCCCGGGCGCUCUACUUCCACAUCGGAGAGACGGAGAAGAAAUGUUUCAUAGAGGAGAUCCCGGAUGAGACCAUGGUGAUCGGGAAGUACCGGACUCAGCUGUGGGACAAACAGAGCGGCUCCUUCCUCCCGGCCACGCCCGGCCUGGGGAUGCAUGUGGAGAUCAAAGAUCCAGACACGAAGAUCAUCCUGUCCCGUCAGUACGGCUCAGACGGGCGGUUCACCUUCACCUCUCACACUCCUGGAGAACAUCAGAUCUGUCUGCACUCCAACUCCACCAAGAUGGCUCUGUUUGCAGGAGGGAAACUGAGAGUCCACCUGGACAUCCAGGUGGGAGAACACACCAACAACUACCCUGAGAUCGCAGCCAAAGACAAACUGACUGAGCUCCAGCUGAGGGUGAGGCAGCUGCUGGACCAGGUGGAGCAGAUCCAGAAGGAGCAGAACUACCAGAGGUACCGUGAGGAGCGUUUCCGUAUGACAAGCGAGAGCACCAACCAGCGCGUCCUCUGGUGGUCCAUCGCUCAGACGCUCAUCCUGAUUGUCACGGGGAUCUGGCAGAUGAAGCACCUGAAGAGUUUCUUCGAGGCCAAGAAACUGGUCUAACAUUCGGAGACGGCGAUAAGAUGUGUCUACCGAUGACCAGGAGGAGACGGAGGUCUGAUUAUCAGCCAUACUCGAUGCGCUGAGCCGCUCACAGCGGCAGGUAUCGAUCCGGUGACCCGUUCUCCCUCCACAUCUUUUAGAUCUGUAUUAUUUUCCGUUAGUGACACCAGCUGCCUCUCUGUUCGUGUUCCUGCUGACUCUGGACUUGUUACCUGUUUUUAUCUCUUGUGCUGAACCAUUAGAUACACAGGUCACCUGAGGUCACCUGAGUUUUUUUUAAGGUCUGACAGGAGCAAACUGAAGAUUGUUUAAAAGAUGUAAUAACCUACUAGUUUACUGAGAAGACGCCCUGAGCAGACCUGCAUCCACACGUCUAUACACUCCGUCUUCCUCUGAUUAUGAGUUCAUCUCAGCUGUUUAUUUAUCGCUCUGUUUAUUUAUCUCGUAAUCUCAGGAUGACAGAGCUCGUCUCCGGUGAUAACAGGAUGAUUUUCUGCUGAUCAAAACUGCUUUGAAGCUCGGAUGGAGACGAGUUUUGAUCCUCUGACACGAGUUCUCAGCUGAGGUGAACUCUGUUUGGAGUAAAUGAAAUGUUUGGAUGCAUGUCUGCUUCAUGACUUUAUGUUUCUGUUGUUGUUUGUCAGUUUUUUAAUCCUAAACACACCUGACUCAUCUAAAGCCCUCACUUCAUAAACAUCACACAGCUUCCUCACGUCUUUUUAAAGCUGCUUCACUUUGACUCCACGUUCAUCCUCUUUAAAGCCUUUAACCUUCACAGGAAUCAUGAAACUCAUACCUGUUCAGUUUGGAGCUCUGAAUCUUAUCUGACAUGAAGCCAUGAUAGAAAUACCUCACAGGGCUGUUUUAUUUUACAAGGUGCGGGGCUGCUGGUUUGAAUCCCUGCUCAGGUGGGAGCCUCUCUGUGCAUGCAUGGGCUUCUCCAUCAGUCCAAAGACAAGCUCAUCACUCUGAAGCACCUGUAGUUAGGAGGUCUGUAUUUGUCAGCCUUGUGCAGGUGUAGUUCACCUAAGGACAGCAGGGGCUGACCUCCUUAGGCCCCUGACAGGAGGAUGAACAGUCAGAUGUGAAAGCUAAGCUAAGCUAAGGGACUUAAACUGUACAGGUGUGCUGUUUCGUGCCCUGUGUUUCCUCCUGGAUUGAAAGAUUUCACUCACGUUUCUGAACUUUAAUAACCUCCUGCUCUUACCUGGAGCUGAACCUCGCACGGAUCGUAACAGAGCUUUAAACAUUCACCCCUCCUCAUCCAGCAGGCCUGAAGUCACAGGAAGCUUUACACCUGUACCAGGUGAUGGUUACUCAGAACUGCUUCUUCAUCAGCUGAUGGCGAAAGCUCAGUGAGGAUGAAGGAUAAUGAGGAGUAAAUUAAUACUUUACAUAUAAACACAAACUCUUCAUAUCACACUGAGUCCUGUUUGUACAGCAGCAUUCAGAGCUCUGAUGUUUGUGUAUGAACUCUUUACGAUCUCUUCUUGAAGCUGACGCCCCCCCUGCUCAGUGUAAAUAGUCGACGGCUUGUUUUCCUGCUUUAGGGCUGUUCUGUAGAGACUCUGUGAGAGGAUAGGGUUUAUGUUUGUUGUAAAUAAAACGUGCAGCUGUUCAUUUUCUAAAACUUUUUACACUGAAUGAAGUCUGCGAGUGUUUCGUCUCCUCAGUGUCCAUAAACGUAUUUAUUCAGUCUCUGAUCCUCGCUCAGAUUUCUCUCUUUGAUAAAGGAUUCAGCUUCAUGAGGAGGAAGAACUUUUUAUUAUCAAACAGGCGUUUUUUAAACACGGUACUUCUCCCGGUUCAGUUCACCUCCUGCUGCAGAAUGUGUUAGAUUAUCUUUAUCACCUCCAUGUGCUCAAUAAACACUCUUAUUUAAGGCGUC